AUGCUCCUGGACGACCAGUCAGCCAUCAACUGCACCAUCGACAUCGGGCGCGCCGGCUUUCGCUGCUGCCUCGCCGCAGCGGGGACAUGGGUCAACGACGUGACCUGCACGUUCCGUGAGCAGCCGGCCCUUAGCGGGUCAUCGGACAACGCCAUGGCCCAGCGCCUAGCCGACUGGAACAGGUGCCUCGCGACCGAGGCGGCAGGCAACGAAACGCUCACCGACAUGCUCGCCGCCGCAGGCCAGGUGUGCUUCGCGGCGCCCGGCUCGACGAGGUACCUGCGCGGCGCGAUACUCGGCCUCCUCACCGGGGUUGGCAUUGUGCUCGCACUGGCCGCCGCCGCUCUUGCUUACUGGACAUGGCUGGAUUGGCGCAGCCGCCCGCCGAAGAGAGACGAGACGGCCGGCUUCAACGCGGGCUCCGAGGACAUGGAGAUGGAGAGCACGGCCCUCCUCACCGCUGUCAACUCGGAGCGCGGCGACGAGGACUGGUACAAGGAUCGUCACAGGCGGCGCAGCGGGGAGAGUGGCAGGGCGUAG